AUGAUGAAUGACACUGAACAGUUCAACAUCAGACAUCAAACAUGCAGGAACCGCUGCAACAAGCACGAAAUGUGGUUAGCUGCGAAGAACAGUUCUCUGCUGUCGCCUGAUCUGACGCUGAUUAAUUUACAUUUAGAAUUAAGAAAUUUAAGGGUGUUGGGGUCCAUCGGACGGAGAACCUCGAUACAUAUUGGCAAGAAUUCCAUCGAGGGGAGGGCGUUUUCAUAUUUUUUUCAUUUUCUCGUCCGCUCUCCUGGCCGCGGUCAAACCCCAUUCCUUACUUGUCAGAUUUACAUAUCGUUAGGCAAGGGUGCCAGGGACUGUACUGUCCCAGGCUAA